AUGAAGAACCAAGAUGGCGAAAGCAAAGCUUCUCUUCCACCCCCCAGCCCUUGCAAAAUAAGGGGUGUUCUGGGGCCAGAAGAUAGUGACUUAGCUGAGGCUCCUGGGGGCAUUGCAGGAAGUGGAGAUUGUCACCACCAACUUGGCCUCUCUGGCUUGAAACACUUUGCUGAUGAUAGGCUUGAAAUGCCAGUGAACGAGGAGCAGAGGAAGAAAGAAGAGGGUCCAGUCCCGGAUGUUUCUGAAGAGCUGAGCAGACAGCUGGAGGACAUUCUGAGCACUUAUUGCAGGGACUCCAACCAGGAAGCCCCUGGAGAGGACAACGGCCAGAAUGAGCCUGUGGAGCUGGAUGAGCCAGAGAAGUGCCGAAGCGAGUCCCCCCGGAACGGGGACCAGGAGCAAAGCUGCCCUGAGAUAAACGGCGAGAAGGAGGGUCCCAGGGGAAUCAGCGAUGAGAGUGGAGAGCGUGACCACAAACGCGUCCAGGAGAAAAAGAAGCCCAGAGGACUUGGCAAGGAGAUCACUCUUCUGAUGCAGACCCUCAACACCCUCAGUACGUCUGAGGAGAAGCUGGCAGCCCUCUGCAAGAAAUACGCGGAACUGCUGGAAGAGCACCGAAACUCUCAGAAGCAGAUGAAAAUACUGCAGAAGAAGCAGACUCAGCUGGUGCAGGAGAAGGACCAUCUCCGAAGUGAGCACAACAAGGCCGUUUUGGCUCGUACCAAAUUGGAAAGCCUGUGCCGGGAGCUACAAAGACAUAACCGCACUCUCAAGGAGGAGGGCGUCCAGCGAGCUCGCGAGGAGGAAGAGAAGCGGAAGGAGGUAACCUCCCACUUCCAGGUGAUGCUCAAUGACAUCCAGCUGCAGAUGGAACAGCACAACGAACGCAAUUCCAAACUGCGCCAGGAGAACAUGGAACUGGCCGAAAGGCUGAAGAAGCUCAUAGAGCAGUACGAACUGCGAGAGGAGCACAUCGACAAGGUCUUCAAGCACAAGGACCUGCAGCAGCAGUUGGUGGACGCCAAGCUCCAGCAGGCUCAGGAGAUGCUGAAAGAGGCGGAGGAGAGGCACCAGCGGGAAAAGGACUUUCUGCUGAAAGAGGCCGUGGAGUCCCAAAGGAUGUGUGAGUUGAUGAAGCAACAGGAAGCGCAUCUUAAACAGCAGCUGGCUCUUUAUACAGAGAAGUUUGAAGAGUUCCAGAACACCCUUUCCAAAAGCAGCGAAGUGUUCACCACGUUCAAGCAAGAAAUGGAGAAGAUGACCAAGAAGAUCAAGAAGCUGGAGAAAGAAACGACGAUGUACAGGUCCCGGUGGGAAAGCAGCAACAAAGCCCUUCUAGAAAUGGCGGAAGAGAAAACCCUCCGGGACAAAGAGCUGGAAGGGCUCCAAGUGAAGAUUCAGCGCCUUGAGAAGCUGUGUCGGGCCCUGCAGACGGAACGCAACGACCUGAAUAAAAAGGUCCAAGAUCUGUGUGCCUUUGCGUCUCUGACCACAGGGACAGAGGACCAGCCCCACGGCGUCCCAGAUGAGCUGGCCCUGCAGGGCCCCAGGGCAGGAGAGGGCUUUGGUCUGGCCCAGGCAGCGGGCCCCCCUGAGCAGCCUGGGGCACUGAGCAUAGGAAUGGCAGCCGGGCAGCCAGCAGAGGAAGCUGCUAACUCUGCUCAGUAA